GGGAGGUGCUGGAAUAGCGGUUGGUGGGGGGUUUGCGUUGGAAGAAGAAGGCGGGAAUCUAGUCCUCUUCCAAUCAGCUCCGCAUCUCUCUCUCUCUCUCUGCCGGCUUCGGACCGCAGCCCGACUUAAUGUGACUACGGGCAUGCUCCAAGGCGGGCACUGACUGUACCCACGAGGGUACUGGAAGGCGGGGGUUCCAAAUGGGGGAGGAGGGCACCGAUGGCAUCGUACAUCUGCUGUGCCUCGCGGCAUCCAGCGGGGUCCCUCUGUUUUGCAGGAGCAGCCGCGGCGGCGCCCCAGCCCGCCAACAGCUCCCAUUCUCUGUCAUCGGCUCCCUCAAUGGAGUCCACAUGUUUGGGCAGAAUCUGGAGGUGCAGCUGAGCUCUGCGAGGACGGAGGACACAACCGUGGUGUGGAAGAGCUUCCAUGACAGGUCUCCAAGGGUAGCUUGGGGGCAGGGCCAGGGUGUUGAACAAGACCCUGCGUCGUCCAGCUCUCCAGUGCCAGCUGUUUACCUGGCUGUGGGAUCUUUGACAAGUCAGUUACCCUCUGUGAUCCCUGAGUUUCUCUGUAUGCAAAGCAGGUUGUGCUCGGGCAUGGAUGUAGCUGGCAUCCAGGAUCAAGGGCAGACCCUACUUUCCUCCCUGCCUUGUUUCCUUGGCCUGGACUCAUUUUUCCUUCUCACCUUCCUUUGUCACAGCAUUACCCUUAUUGUUCUGUCAUCUGAGGAGGGCACCUCGGAGCUGAGGCUGGAGAGACUACUCCAGAUGGUGUUUGGGGCCAUGAUACUUCUUGUGGGACUUGAAGAGCUGACCAAUAUCCGCAACGUGGAGAGGCUGAAGAAGGAGCUGAGGGCCAGUUACCGCCUCAUCGACAGCUUCCUGGGGGACUCAAAGCUCAUCGGGGACCUGACCCAGUGUGUGGACUGUGUGGUUCCUCCAGAGGGGUCCCUCCUGCAGGAAGCCCUCUGUGGGUUCGCUGAGGCGGCGGGCACGGCCUUCGUCAGCCUGGUCGUGUCGGGCCGGGUGGUGGCAGCGACAGAGAGCUGGUGGCGGCUGGGGAUGCCGGAGGCCGUGCUGCUCCCCUGGCUGGUGGGGUCGCUGCCGCUGCAGGCCGCUCGCGACUACCCGGUGUACCUGCCGCACGGAAGUCCCACGGUUCCGCACCGGCUUCUGACCCUGACGCUCCUGCCGGGCUUGGAGCUGUGUCUGCUCUGCGGGCCGCGCCCUCCCCUCAGCCAGCUGGAUGCACAGCUUCUGGAGCGCUGGUGGCAGCCACUGCUGGACCCGCUGCGGGCCUGCCUGCCGCUGGGACCCCGAGCGCUGCCCGCGGGCUUCCCCCUGCACCCGGACAUCCUCGGGCUGCUGCUCCUCCACCUGGAACUGAAACGUUGCCUGUUCACGGUGGAGCUCUCGGGGGAUAAAGAACCGUCUCCUGAGCAGCGUCGGCGCCUCCUCCGCUCCUUCUACGCCCUGGUCACCGCCACGCACUUCCCACCAGAGCUGGGGCAGCCAGAGGAGAAGGCGGAGGAAGCGGUCCACCGGGCCCAGGUACCGAGAGCCUGCUACCUGGUGUCAGGGGCUGAAAAGCCAGGCACGGGAUGGCGGCUGGUGGCCCUGCAGUUGGGGCCACGGCGGCUGCUGCUGCUGCUGUCUGCUCAGAGUCCCACACACGGGCUGCGGGGCCUGGCCACCCACACUCUGCACGCCCUCACCCCUCUCCUCUGACCACCAGACGUAAGCACCAGACACAGACAUGGACACGGGGCUGUUAGCGUCUCUCUGU